AAAUGUGCACUUUUGCACUUGCAUUUUGAAUUCGGAGUUCUAGCAUCAGUUACGCGUUUUCGGAUUCAUUCAAUUUCGGGGCGGUUUUUAAUUUCUAUCAUCGGGUACAAGGAAUGUGUUAUUCAUGCUGAAAUGUGAUGGCUCCUCCGAAGAAAGAUGUGCGGAAAAAUGCCUGGGCCUGGGCAGAAAAUGCGCCCGCGGACUACGAAAUAUCAACGAAUGAUGUUUGUAAAGUCUAUCGAAUGGACAUCCCCAAAUGCAUAUUUGGAAGCUGCAAGAGAAACUGUAAAAACAACCCUUUUUGUUUAACUGCAAUUGGUGAGUCUCGAUGGUUGAGCGAUGUGCCUGAAACAGUUACUGACAUUGAGGAUCCAGCGGAAGAGAAAAGGCAGGAACGAAAUUUUGUUGGUCUGAAGAACUUAGGUGCAACGUGUUAUGUGAACAGUCUCCUCCAAUUGUGGUUUCACAACAGUGCAUUCAGAGAGGCAAUAUUUUCGUGGGAUCCCACCCAGGACCCCAAGGAAAAAGAAAAUCCUACUCUUGUCAUUCAAGAUGAUGAAAUACUUUUCACACCUCAGACUGUUGUCGGCCAUCUGCAAGUCUUGUUUGCCAUGUUGGCAUUGAGUGAAAAGCGUGUUGUGGACCCAACAGACUUGGUAGUCUCUUUGGGUCUCGAUACAUCUGAACAACAAGAUGCUCAGGAAUUCUCAAAACUGUUUCUGUCAUUACUGGAAGAUAAAUACAGGGACCAAAUCAACCCAUCCAUGACCAACUUUAUUCAACAGAAUUUCUGUGGAGAGUACGCUUAUGUUACCCGGUGUUCAAAAUGUCUAACAGAAUCCACACGGUCUUCUCAGUUUUAUGAGCUUGAUUUGAAUAUUCUUGGUAUGAAAACACUACGGGAGAGUUUAGCAGACUUCUUAAAAGAAGAAAAACUCGAAGGAGACAAUAUGUACUUCUGUAACGCCUGCAACAAGAAACAAAGUGCCGAAAGAUUUAUCAAAUUGAAGCACCUUCCACCGACUUUGUGUUUUCAACUCAUGAGAUUUGUCUUUGAUCGGCAAAAAGGCAAGAAGAAAAAGUUAACUUCUCAUCUCCAGUUCCCAGAAACAAUUGAUAUGACUGAAUACAUUGAAAAUUCUUCUGGACCCUAUGUUUACAACCUUAGUGCAGUUCUAAUUCAUAAAGGACCAGGUGCUCAUUCAGGACAUUACAUUGCCCACAUCCUUACUUCACAAGGUUGGUACAAAUUCAAUGAUGAAAACAUUGAAAACAUGGAUGGGAAGAAACUGAAAUUUGGAGAAGACGACAUGGAUGAUUUCUUGAAGAAAACAAAAGCACCUCGUGUACCAAAGGGCUCCCUGGCAUCCAGUAAUGCAUAUAUGCUUGUUUAUACCCUGCAAAAAAAUGAGGAUAACGAUCCUGAUCGAUUGGAAAAUCCAGCAAUUCUGUCUAGUAAAGUCCGAGAAAAGUUAAAUCCCAGAGUCCUACAAGUUGUUGAAGAAAAGAACAGUCACUUUAAAAAAUGGAUGGAAGAAAUCCAAAAAUGUAGAGAUUUAAAACUAGACAAGUCUUUGCAAAUGAAAGAAGAAGUAGCCUCAAUUCUUCGAAUCUUACCUGUUCAAGAGGAAAAUACUUUUGAUUUAGUUCCAGUCUCAUGGUUAAACCAGUGGCUGUCGAAGGACGGCUCAAAACCUGUCGAUCCUAUCAAUAAUUUACCUCUUUUAUGCUCACAUAAUAAAAUUAAUCCUUACUGUGUUCAUGAUGCCAAGUAUAUUAAUUCUGCUGCGGCUGAUAAAUUAUAUGAACAGUUCAAUGGCGGACCCCGAUUAAAGCUUCUCCCUGAUGCUUGUAAACUUUGCAUACGCAAUGAAUUCACGUUGAUUAAGCUACGGGCAAAAACAGCGGAAGAACAAAAAACUAUUUCGCUCCUCACAAAAUACAAAAUGGAUGAGAACAUGCCAGGAUUUUGGGUCAGCCGAAAAUCAUUGAAAUCGUGGCGAAGGAUAGUUCUAGAACGAGCAGAAAAGAAAUUAAAUAUCAACAUCAAGAAUAAUAAUAAGGAAGACCAAGAAGAGCCCUGCUGCAGUAGUUCGAGUGACAAAGAUUUAAAUGGAAAAGCCGAACCCACUAGCUCUAAACUCGUAAACUCUGAAACAGUACAUAACUUAGAAAGAGAAGAAUCAUCAAGCAAGCUCUUGAAUUCGGAUAAUACUCCCAUAAUUAAGAUUAAUUCAUCCGGGAAUGAAACACAUGCUGCUGAAGUACCUACCUCUUCUAAAAGCUCAGUUGAAAAGACAAGAAGUUUAAGGCCAAGGAGCAAAGAGGAAGAAGUUUCAUCAUCCAUAGAGCUCUCAUCAGAUCAAGUAAAAACAGAGCAUGACAUAUUAGUGACACUCUCACCUCGAUGCCCCCCAAUACCUGUGUCUCCUAGGACACAUAAGAAAAUCAUGAAGGUUAGAGAGUGUAAUCAAUUGCUAAAUUUAUUCCAUGAAAAUGUUCAAAGUGUGAAGGAAACACUCAUGGAAGAUGUAAAAGAUGAAAUGAAAGUAAUUGAAUCGCAGAUUGAUGAAAGCACCAAAACCAUAGCAUCUGGAGUCACUCAGAUGAAGCGAGUGUGUACCGUUCUCUUAGACGAUAUCUUAAAGAAACGCCAGAAUCAAUUCGUACGACGACAGCUACCUUUUAAAUCAGAACCUAGCUCAAGCAAUCACGAGAUUACUCCAACAAACUCAGCGAUGGACGUUGUUGCGGACAGUAGUAAUCAUGCCAUUUCAUUAAAGUCUAAAGAAAGGAAGAAUUAUCUAGCUGCUUCUUCCUCCUCGAACUGUAAUGAUUACUCUGAUAGUGAAGGAGACAUGAGUCCCAUUGUUGGUCGAGACGCUUAUGUAAAAAGGUCAAAUGAAGGGGAGUUACUUAGUGAAGGCGAUGCAAGUCCUAUUGUUGGUCGAGAAGCAUCUAUAAAAAGGUCAAAUGAAGGAGAGUUACUCAAUGGCUGUGCUAAAAGAAUGCGAUCAGAUUCAAGUAUCAAAACUGAUAAUGAUGCUGAGUUAUUUGAAGAGUUUGAAGAUCUGAAUGACGAUAUUGUCUGUGAACAUGGUAAUUUGUGUUUCCAAGAAAAUCUAAGACGUUUAGUGCCUUGUGAUGUUUGGAAUAUCAUGUCAUCCUAUUUUCCAUUAGCAAAAGCUUUUCCUAAAGAGGUGGAGCCCUGCUUCAAAUGUGAGGGUUUAGCAAAUGAAGAUAAUUUUGCCAAAGAUAGACUGAAACAAGAAGCUCUGAAGCAAAAAGAGUGUCUGGGAGAACUCCUUUUGCGCAGCAACAAUGAAACUAGUAAAUUAAAUCUAAGCCUCGAUGCUAGUCGUGUGUACCUGAUCUCUUCUGAUUUCAUUUCAGAUUGGAGGAAGUUUAUCAGAGGGUCCGGCAGACACGAGCCGCCCAGGUCAAUCGACAAUCGCCAUCUCAUAUGUGACUGCGAACAACUUCUCUACAACCCUGAGGACGAGGUCGAAAGGUCAAUGUUCGUAGCUGUAACGGAAGAUGAGUGGAACAUCCUCCAAGAAUUAUAUAAGGUCCACGGUGUAAUCACAGUCUCCAGGAAUUCUGAAACAGGAGACCUUAAAAUAGAACCUGAUAUCUGUCAAACGUGUUACGUUGCAAGGCUGGAGAAAGAACACAAAGAACAACUAACUUACAGAAACGCUAAAAUUUUCAUCCGCUUCGUUCAAGACAACAGCGAUCCGGGCUCCGAUGAUUCGAGCUCGGUGCCGAAGAAAGCGAAGGUGAACAACGACUCGGGUCUGUACGUGCCUCCGGGUGCGGGGGCGACGAACGGGUGCAGCUCGUCGGCGGAGACGCUGGAGGUGCGCCGGAGCAGCCGACCCCGUCGCGGCAGGGGCGAGAAGGAAAUCGUCGUCUCCUCCGACGACACUGUCAGGGACGUUAAACUUAAGAUAAUGCAGAUGAUCAGCGUUAUGCCUUUCGACCAGCAGCUUUCCAAAUUGAAUGGUGAGCGGCUGGAUGACCAUUCGGCAACUCUAUCGUCCGUAGGAAUUUUCCCUGCAACCACGCUCCUCGUCAAGUUCAAUGAAAGUGCAGGAGGCGAUGCAAGCACGAUGGAGUUCGUUUCUUCCGCUAAAGUAGAAGCUGGAUUCAAAGGCACCGAGCUGAUGAAAAGUUUUUAACGGGCGUCCGAAGUUUCCUCGUGAGCUUAGUUUAAUUUUCAACCGUCUUUCGUAAUUUUACGCACCUCUCGAACGGGGCAAAUUCCACACGCGCCAGCUUCCAAUUUCCUGGACCGUAACUCAAUUUUUUAAAUUUGAUUUUUGCCUUAAUUUUUUAUAACGUUGUUAUUAUUAAUACGCACUAUUUUCGAUUACUUAGAAAUUAAUUUAUUCAUACGGUAGUGUAAUUGCUCGUUUUGUACAUUUCUCGCAAACAACAAAGCAGAUCUCCUUUACCCAAGGAUUUGUAGUUUAUAUUUUACUAUGUAGUAUAUAGCACGGGCCACCGAAUGAAGCUAUUUGCCGUGUUGCCAGGUGAGAUCUUGGGUAAAAUGUAAUUUUUUUAUACCUCCAGUCUAGAGAGGACUGUCGAAAUAUUAUUUUUUGUUCUUUUUAUUUCUUCUGAUUUAUUCCAGACUUUUAAGUCCGAUAGUUCCUCUUUGAAUGGCAAAAUUUGGCGAAACCCGUCUUGCAUGCAUGAUUCGUCGUUCCCUAAGCGAAAGAACUUUUUUUUUUACUUUGACGAAUUUUAGCCGGAAUCAGCACAACUCAAUUUUAAGUCGCCAAAUUUUGUGUAAUGUUUAAGUUUUUCGACAGAGAACACAAUCCAUACUUAUUGCCUUUACUGCCUUUGCCUACUAUUUUCCGUACUUAUUGCCUUACCUCUUACUAUGAGCAAUAUUCUAACAAAUCGAGUUUCAGUGUUACUUGGUCCUCUUUUAAAAGAAUAGAACUUUAGAACAGAGUAGGCAACGUCUGAUCUAGAAAGGCUGAUUCCGGUUCAAUUCGUUGUUAUAGACGUUGCACGUUGCAAAAUUUCCAGUGGCAAACUGUAUUUUUACCAAUUAACUGUUUGGCAUUUUUCGCUGAAAUUUCAACUAAUAUACCCCUCGAAAACACGCAAGACAUACAACGCACAGUCAUUUUCUUGCAGACAAAUUAAUUUUUUGAGUCAAUUUUGCCCCAUGAAAUGGCGUUACAUUCCUUCAUCUAGGAAGCGACGAAUUCUGCACUUUAUGAUUCGAGCACGCAGGUGUAGUUUUAGAAAUCGUAAACAUUUGAUUGAAAUAUUUCUGCAGGGUCGUCGUAUUUACAGCCAGAAAAAUGGAAAAGUAAACACUGAAACUAACUUUCGCUCGAAAGUUUGAUCUAGUUCCAAGUCCGAAUUCUCCAUUAACAUUGAUUUUUAUCAUUAUUUUCCUUUUUUUUUUCUUGGAAUAUAAUUUCUAAGCUCUCAGAAGCUACUGUACUAAGGUGCAGAGUGUAGGCCACUCAAAGUUAAUCAGGUAGAAACAAAAUGGUGUUGUAAGCGGUCAAAAAAUGUCGUUUCCUACAUGGUGAUUCAAUAUAACAAGGAUUCAAUGGUGUUUUAAUGAAGGUCUAUAAUUCUUCACCGUCAAUUUUGAUUGUAAAUUGCUAUUUUAAGUCGCUCCAUCUGUCAAUUUCCGUUCCGUUAUGUAAACAUCACUCUGUAAAUGUACAUUGUCAGUUCGAAUAAUUAAUUGAAUGCCAUGCA